GGCUAAACACAUUUCAACUGUCAAGAUGAGGACAACUUUUGUAGUCGCUUAUCUAUUGGCAAUUGUGCUUAAUAUAAGCGAAGUUUAUGGAGGACUUGGAAUAAUGGCCCACAUCGAUGAGGCUCAUCCCGGCAAAUGUGUUCUAGAUGAAAAUACAAUUUUAGAUAUUGGCCAAUUUAUAACUCGCGAUUGUCAGCUUUUUCAUUGCGAAAGAGAAGGAGUUAUAUAUAUUCGAACAUGUCAGAAUAUGAAUACGCGAGAGCCCUGCACAAUAGGAGAGCUUAAAUAUCCAGAUGCUGAUUACCCCAAAUGCUGUACUCGAAUAGUGCAUUGUCCAGAUGGCGAUUUUCGCGAAAUCUAAGAAUCACUCAGUUUUGAUAAUGCUCGGUAAUUCUAUUUGAAAAUCACUUAAUUUGUAUGAAAUAAAUGAAUA